GCUACUUCCUCUCCCUCGCAUUAUUGAUUCUUUGUCCCACUUUUCCCUCCCCUUUCUAAUCGCCAUUUCUGCCACAACCUGAAUUUUCAAUUUACUACAAGCAAAAAAAAAAAAAAAAGUCUAACAACCAAGGAAAAAAUUGUAAUCUUGAGAUCUGAUCGGAAGGUUGAGGACGAGAGAAUGAGCUCUAAGAGGAAGGUGUUGCAGGGUAACACGACGAGGACGCGUGUAGGGAAGUACGAGCUUGGGAAAACCUUGGGCGAGGGGAGCUUUGCAAAGGUUAAGUUCGCUAAGAAUGUUGAGACCGGCGAGUGCGUCGCCAUUAAAAUCCUCGACCGUGACCAAGUUCUCCGUCACCGAAUGGUCGAACAGUUUUGUAUGGGGCAGAUAAAAAGAGAAAUAUCAACAAUGAAGCUUAUCAAGCAUCCCAAUGUCAUUAAAAUAUUUGAGGUUAUGGCAAGUAAGACAAGGAUUUAUAUCGUCAUCGAAUUUGUUGAUGGUGGCGAGCUUUUCGACAAAAUUGCCAAGAACGGGAGACUAAAAGAGGAUGAAGCAAGGAGCUAUUUUCAUCAGCUUAUCAAUGCUGUUGAUUACUGCCACAGUAGAGGCGUCUACCAUAGAGAUUUGAAGCCAGAGAAUCUUCUUCUAGACUCGUAUGGUGUUCUUAAAAUUUCAGAUUUUGGAUUGAGUGCAUUCUCGCAGCAAGUUCGGGAGGAUGGGUUGCUUCACACUGCUUGCGGGACUCCAAAUUAUGUUGCUCCGGAGGUGCUCAAAGAUAAAGGUUAUGAUGGUACGUCAUCUGAUAUUUGGUCUUGCGGAGUUAUUCUCUUUGUUCUCAUGGCUGGUUAUUUGCCUUUUGAUGAGCCAAGCCUUGUAGGCUUGUAUAAGAAAAUCUGGGAGGCUUCUUUCAGCUGUCCAUCAUGGUUUUCAUCUGGUGCUAGGAAUUUGAUUAAGCGUAUUCUUGAUCCAAACCCUGUUACCCGUAUAACUAUUCCUGAAAUUCUACAAGAUGAAUGGUUCAAGAAAGGGUACAAGCCACCAAAAUUUGAGCAGGAUGAGGAUGUAAAUCUUGAUGACAUAGAUGCUGUCUUUAAUGACUCAACUGAACACCUUGUAACAGAAAGGAAAGAGAAACCUGUGUCAAUGAAUGCUUUUGAGCUUAUCUCUAGGUCACAGAGCUUUAGUCUUGACAAAUUGUUUGAGAAGCAGUGUGGAUCUGUGAAGCCAGAAACCAGUUUCGCUUCUCAACGCCCUCCUAAUGAAAUCCUGUCCAAAAUUGAGGAAGCUGCAAAACCUCUGGGCUUUAAUGUUCACAAGCGAAACUACAAGAUGAAGUUGAAAGGUGACAAAAGUGGGAGAAAGGGCCAGCUUUCUGUAGCUACAGAGGUGUUUGAGGUGGCUCCCUCCUUACAUAUGGUGGAGCUUCGUAAAACUGGUGGUGACACAUUGGAGUUUCACAAGUUCUAUAAAAGCUUUUCGAGUGAACUGAAAGAUAUAGUGUGGAAAUCGGGGGAAACUGCAGAAGCGUAAAGGUCACAACAAUGCCUCGUGUAUAUACUGGUGGGAAGAUGAGUGGACUAGAUGCCUCAAAACGUGAGGCGCUUGGUUCAUUGCGUUUUUUUAAUAUCCUUUAGGGAGUAAUCAAAUUCAUUGAAAUUUUGCAAACAUCUAGCCUAGCUAUAUUGCUGUUCAUCAAAUGGAGAAACGCUUUGUUUACUGCUCUAUUUCUGGAAGAUAUUCCCAUUUUUUUAUAUUAAACUAGAAAGUUUUGGAAACAUAAAA